CGGGUCUUCAGCCCUAUAGUGGUAAUCUAGUUCAACAAAGAAGCAGGACAAUGAUACUGACUUUUGUGCUGGGCAGUGCCCCUCGGAGCGGGCCUUCACUUCGGCCCCUCUUGGGGUCCUCAUUGUCACUCCGGGUUCGCUCAACAUCAGUCACCGAUACACACCAUGUAGAGCUGGCCAGGGAACGCUCCAAGACUGUCACCUCCUUUUACAACCAGUCAGCCAUUGAAGUGGCAGCAGAGAAGCCCUCAGUCCGCCUCACUCCCACCAUGAUGCUUUAUUCUGGUCGUUCACAGGAUGGCAGCCACCUUCUGAAAAGUGGCCGUCACUUGCAGCAAGAGCUACCAGUGAGGAUUGCUCACCGCAUCAAGGGCUUCCGUAGCCUUCCUUUCAUCAUUGGUUGCAAUCCCACCAUACUGCAUGUGCACGAGCUAUACAUCCGGGCCUUCCAGAAGCUGACAGACUUCCCUCCGAUCAAGGACCAGGCCGAUGAGGCCCAGUAUUGCCAGCUGGUGCGACAGCUGCUGGACGACCACAAGGAUGUGGUGACCCUGUUAGCUGAGGGUCUCCGUGAGAGCCGGAAACACAUAGAGGAUGAGAAGCUGGUCAGGUACUUCCUGGAUAAGACUCUGACUUCAAGACUUGGGAUCCGAAUGCUGGCUACUCACCACCUGGCACUGCAUGAAGACAAGCCUGAUUUUGUUGGCAUCAUCUGCACUCGUCUGUCACCAAAGAAGAUUAUUGAAAAGUGGGUGGAUUUUGCCAGACGCCUGUGUGAGCACAAGUACGGCAAUGCCCCUCGAGUUCGCAUCAAUGGACAUGUGGCUGCCCGUUUCCCCUUCAUUCCCAUGCCACUGGACUAUAUCCUGCCUGAGCUGCUCAAGAAUGCCAUGAGAGCCACCAUGGAGAGUCACCUAGAUACUCCCUACAACGUUCCAGAUGUGGUCAUCACCAUCGCCAAUAAUGAUAUUGAUCUCAUCAUAAGGAUCUCAGACCGGGGUGGAGGAAUUGCUCACAAAGACCUGGAUCGGGUCAUGGACUACCACUUCACCACAGCUGAGGCCAGCACCCAGGACCCACGAAUAAGCCCUCUCUUCGGCCACCUGGAUAUGCACAGUGGCGGCCAGUCAGGACCUAUGCAUGGCUUUGGCUUCGGGUUGCCCACGUCCAGGGCCUAUGCGGAGUAUCUCGGUGGCUCCCUGCAGCUGCAGUCCCUGCAGGGCAUCGGCACAGAUGUCUACCUGCGGCUCCGCCACAUCGAUGGCCGGGAGGAGAGCUUCAGGAUCUGACUGCGGACUUUGGCCUGCUAGCCUGCCACACUCCUAGAACCUUCUG